CCCAGGCUGCUGAUCGUCUACCCCUGGACCCAGAGGUUCUUUGAUAACUUUGGGAACCUCUCCAGCCCCACCGCCAUCAUCGGCAACCCCAAGGUCCGUGCCCAUGGCAAGAAAGUGCUCACCUCCUUCGGGGAAGCUGUCAAGAACCUGGACAACGUCAAGGCGACCUACUCCAAGCUGUCCGAUCUGCACUGUGAGAAGCUGCACGUGGACCCCGAGAACUUCAGGCUCCUGGGAGACAUCCUCAUCAUUGUGCUGGCCGCACACUUCACCAAGGACUUCACCCCUGCCUGCCAGGCCACUUGGCAGAAGCUGGUCGGUGUGGUGGCCCAUGCUCUGGCCUACAAGUACCACUAAACCCUCCGAAGGCGGAUGUGUCUGUAACAAUCAAUAAAAAAACCCACAUUUUCUG